UCCCCCGCCCGCGCCCCCGCCGGGGGGAGGGGCGCGCGGAGUGGGACUCUUUCCGUUUGGUCCAGCCCCGUCGUGCACGCAGUUCCCAACACUUCUCGUCAUCCUCUCUUUGGUCUCUUUAUUCUGCUGAGCGGUGCUGUUAGGAUUUCUUUUUUUCCCCUGACCACGUUCGCGAUGGUGGGUAGCAGCAAGGUGGCCCUGGUAGGGGAGGGGUUGAUAUCGAGAUUGGGCACCGGGGGAAGAAUGUCUUGUUUCAACUUUGUCUGUGGCUUGCACCCCCGGAGAAGGCCACACGCCGGUUGUAGGGUGCAGAUGUGCUGAGAGUGAUUUCUAAGUAGUUGAGUUGUUGAGAUGAGGGUACGACUGCUAAUGGUAGGGAGGUUUUGUUUUCAUUGGUGAAUCUGGUGUCAUCAUAUUCGGGGCAUAUGUUGAAAUAUUCUUUGUUUAGGUCUUGAAGUAGAGGAUCUCACUCUGCACGUCCACAUUGUGUUGUUUUUAAAUGAUGUCUGCAAGUGUGGCUUUCUAGAAUUUCAAAUGUGAGUUAAGGUCCGGGCGUGUGUGGGCCUUAGCAUUGGCCUUGACAGUGAACUUUGUGGCUGUGUUUUGGAUUUCAGAGAUUUGCCCCGUAGCUGGGGUGCGAGCUGUGCAUUUUUUGUUAAUAGUAGGUGUCAGGAAUGUAGAUGCUUAAGUUGGGGACAUUAAAGGGAGAACAUUCCUGUAUUAAUAAUUGAUAGCUGAAUAUUAGAAUCAGAUUAAUUUGGGUUGAUGAAAGUUUUUUUUUUUUUUCCCUCCCAAAAGCAGCUGUGCGCUCUAGGAAGGAAGCCUGUACAUAGGCACACUUUAUAGGGGUUCUUUAGGGCAGGGAGCUGGAAUAUCUCCUUUUAGAGAGGGUACUCAUCCACAUCUCUAGCUUCAUUGAGGGCCUGGUAAGGGGACUGAAAUUGGGGCUAAGACAUCUGCGUGUACUUUUCAGUGUUUAUGUUGUUUGUUUACAUCUGGUGUUUAUCACAUUUGGGCACUAGAAGUAAAUAGGUCAGUUUUUCUUUUGGUUUUUGAAGAGUAGCCCCCUCCCCCCCUUUUUUUUAAGUUUCACGAUUUACUUGGUUUCACAGCAUUGUAGGAAACUGUUACUACAUUUUUACUGGAAAUACUGUUAUUCAUUUUGAUUUUGCUUUGAAGGGUCCAUCCUUUUCCCCAUUCAGUCAUCUGGAAGGAGCGGCCUCAGAAAUACUCUUCUUCUGCUUACAUGAAGAACUCUAAAUGCUAUCCAGCAGGAGGUGCUACAGCAAGAUAAAGCAAAUCUCUCAAUUUUGAGGGUCUUGCUACUUCUUACAGCUCUGUUAGCUUCAACUAAGCACAGGAUUAACGCCUUAAAGUUCCAGAAAGAUUUUGAGGAGCAAGAGAGCUGAAGGAGAGCCCGUUUCCCCAAAAGAGGACUUCUCAGAACCUUUAAUAUGCUAAUGUGCAUUGUGAAUCUCCAAGAGGGGGAUAUGAUAUGCAGCAUUCUUGAAUACUUCUAAUGACAGGGAGCCCACUACCUCAUAAGCUGCCGUGAGAAGAGGAGUUUGUUAUUUUAAACGGAGGCUGAAGAAACUAUAGAAUUAGCAGACAUAAGAGAAAGUGGAGAAGGUGGAGGAUGGAGUUGCAGACUCUACAGGAGGCUCUUAAAGUGGAAAUUCAGGUUCACCAGAAACUGGUUGCUCAAAUGAAGCAGGAUCCACAGAAUGCUGAUUUAAAGAAACAGCUUCAUGAACUCCAAGCCAAAAUCACAGCUUUGAGUGAGAAACAGAAAAGAGUAGUUGAACAGCUACGGAAGAACCUGAUAGUAAAGCAAGAACAACCAGACAAGUUCCAAAUACAGCCAUUGCCACAAUCUGAAAACAAACUACAAACAGCACAGCAGCAACCACUCCAGCAGCUACAACAGCAGCAGCAGUACCACCACCACCACGCCCAGUCGGCUGCACCCUCUCCCAACCUGACCGCUUCACAGAAGACUGUCACUACAGCUUCUAUGAUUACCACAAAGACACUACCUCUCGUCUUGAAAGCAGCAACUGCGACCAUGCCUGCCUCUGUUGUGGGCCAGAGACCUACCAUUGCUAUGGUGACCGCCAUCAACAGUCAGAAGGCUGUGCUCAGCACUGAUGUGCAGAACACACCAGUCAACCUCCAGACGUCUAGUAAGGUCACUGGGCCUGGGGCAGAGGCUGUCCAAAUUGUGGCAAAAAACACAGUCACUCUGCAGGUUCAGGCAACACCUCCUCAGCCCAUCAAAGUACCACAGUUUAUCCCUCCUCCUCGACUCACUCCACGUCCAAACUUUCUUCCACAGGUUCGACCCAAGCCUGUGGCCCAGAAUAACAUUCCUAUUGCCCCAGCACCUCCUCCCAUGCUUGCAGCUCCUCAACUUAUCCAGAGGCCCGUCAUGCUGACCAAGUUCACCCCCACGACCCUCCCUACCUCCCAGAAUUCCAUCCACCCCGUCCGUGUCGUCAAUGGGCAGACUGCAACCAUAGCCAAAACGUUCCCCAUGGCCCAGCUCACCAGCAUUGUGAUAGCUACUCCAGGGACCAGACUCGCUGGACCUCAGACUGUACAGCUUAGCAAGCCAAGCCUUGAAAAACAGACAAUUAAAUCCCACACAGAAACAGAUGAGAAACAAACAGAGAGCCGUACCAUCACUCCACCUGCUGCACCCAAACCAAAACGGGAGGAGAACCCUCAGAAACUUGCCUUCAUGGUGUCUCUAGGAUUGGUAACACAUGACCAUCUAGAAGAAAUUCAAAGCAAGAGGCAAGAGCGAAAAAGAAGAACAACAGCAAAUCCAGUGUACAGCGGGGCCGUCUUUGAGCCAGAGCGUAAGAAGAGUGCAGUCACAUACCUGAACAGUACAAUGCAUCCUGGGACCCGGAAGAGAGUUCCUAAAGAGCACUGGCCCAGGGGUGAUAUCCACGAGGAUUUUUGCAGCGUUUGCAGAAAAAGUGGCCAGUUGCUUAUGUGUGACACGUGUUCCCGUGUGUAUCAUCUGGACUGCUUAGACCCUCCUCUGAAAACGAUUCCCAAGGGCAUGUGGAUCUGUCCCAGAUGUCAGGACCAGAUGCUGAAGAAGGAAGAAGCAAUUCCAUGGCCUGGAACUUUAGCAAUUGUUCAUUCCUAUAUCGCCUACAAAGCAGCAAAAGAAGAAGAGAAACAGAAAUUACUUAAAUGGAGUUCAGAUUUAAAACAAGAACGAGAACAACUAGAGCAGAAGGUGAAACAGCUCAGCAAUUCUAUAAGUAAAUGUAUGGAAAUGAAGAAUACCAUCUUGGCCCGGCAGAAGGAGAUGCACAGCUCCCUGGAGAAGGUAAAACAGCUGAUCCGCCUCAUCCACGGCAUCGACCUCUCCAAACCUGUAGACUCUGAGGCCACUGUGGGGGCCGUCUCCAACGGCCCGGACUGCACCCCCCCUGCCAACGCCGCCACCUCCACGCCGGCCCACUCCCCCUCCUCCCAGAGCUGCACAGCGAACUGUACCCAGGGGGACGAGACUAAAUAACAGAGCCCCGCGAGGAGAAGCCACGGGAUCCCGGCGGCAAGGAGAGCAAAAACACUGAAGACUCUAGAAAAGCAAAGCCGGAUUUCUUCUGGAAAGUACAGAAUUCUUUUGGUUCUUUGGUUCCAGAGAGAGAGAAGAUGCUUGUGCCAGGUGGCACCAGAGUUUGCCAAUUGAUCCUUCUUAUUCUGUGUGUACAUGCAAAGAUUGGACCAUGUUACAUGAACUAGUGCCAGCUGGAGGUUCUGUGCCAGCACCAUGCCAAGUGAAAUAAUAUAUUUACUCUCUCUAUUAUACACCAGUGUGUGCCUGCAGCAGCCUCCACAGCCACCAUGGGUUUGUUUUUGUUUCGUUGGGUGGGGAGCAGGGACGGGCGGAGGGAGGAGAGCAGGUUUCAGAUCCUUAUUUGCCGAGCCGUUUGUUUAGGUAGAGAAGACAAGUCCAAAGAGUGUGUGGGCUUUCCUGUUUCUAAACUUUCACUACUAUAAAACCAAAAAAAGGAAAUCGAGAUUUAACCAACCCCAGUGCCCAGAGGAGGGAUGGGAGGGAAUGGGAGGGAGCCGGGGUGGGGAAAGUCUAUCAAAUAAGCAGUAUUUCCUAUUGUCUGGGGUGGGGCACAGUGCCCGGAGAGGUGGACACCGAGGACAGCCACGGGGUCCUUCUCCCGCGGACUCUGCUUCCCGCCCCUGGGCGCCCCCCCCCACUCCCCGCGUUCCUUCCCUGCUUUGGCAAAUUGGCGCGCAUCCCCGUGGAUGAUCCGGUUACCUUCCCUCUCCAAGGACAGGCAAGAGGCCGCCUCAGCCGGGGCCAUUGCCCGGGGCAGGGAAAAAGGGUGUGUCCAGGGAGGAAAAAAAAGGUGGAUCAGUGAUUUUUACUUGAAAACAAGCUCCAUCCCUUUUCUAUAUUUAUAAGAAGAGAAGAUUCUGAGAGAAGCAGCACGCGACCCAGGUGUGUGUGAAUUGAAUGGAGAUGUUUCUUUUCUCUUUUUUUAAAUUUUUGUUUUGUUUUGUUUUCUUUAAGAAAAAGUUUUAUUUUGUUGUUUCUUUUACUUUUUUGGUAACAAAAACUAAAAUAAGGAAUAGAAAAGCUGUUUUUCAGGCUGACAGUCAAUUAAGGGUAGUCGAGGCCGUGCAUGGUAGAAUAGGAAUCAUAGUGUCAGUGAGGUCCAGUGAGUCCGUGUGAGUCCUUGUGUCAUCGUUCGGGGCACUGUUUUUUAUGCAAGGGCAAAAAUCUUUGUAUCUGGGGAAAACAACAACAACAACUUUUUUUUAAAUUAAAAAGGAAAAUAAAAGAUAUUGAGGUCUUCCUAGUGUUACUUAAAUUAAGAUCAAGGUAAGAAACAUUGUAAAAAAAAAAUUACAAAAGUGCUAUUUGUUUCCUAAAAACAGUGAUUUCUAUUAAAAAGGUGUCAGAACUGGAGAAAAUGCUGUGUAGUUAUAAUUUUUUAGCACAGAACCUGCUGAUCAUGAUGACAUUUUGCUGUGUUUGUGUCUCAAGACUGGUGGGCUAGUCUCCGUGAUUUCUGUCCUCUGGACGACUGCAGCCCUGAUGGGCAGCGGCUGAGCCCUCCCACCACUCUCCCCUCCUCGGAAAGGACUGUCCUCUCUUCUUGGCGCAGGGAUCUGGGCUUCUGGUUUUGAAGCCCACAUGGAGUGUGGAUGGUAUCAGGGCCCUACCCUACCCAUUGUCUCCUCGGAUUUUGCUAGAGCAAAAGGCUGGUGCCUAUAUAAGAUCCCUUCCUUUGGUGCUGCUCUCCGUCUUUCAGCCACCAGCAUUGUGAGUGCCUGGGGGACAAUUUUGAAGGACAUGGCCAGUGACACUCAUUGGUGCCCAGGCACCCUGGCCUUGGUGGGAGGGUGCAGGGGGUAGGCUGGCUGCAUCAGCCCUUGGUGCUGAGAAAGAACAAAGGAGUGAGAUGUCUUGAGGGUACAUGGUGUCUCUGAGACAAAGAGCCCCAGGGUGGCCUUUAUGUCUGUCUUGCCUUUGAAGAGGUCUGACUCUAUAGCGCUUUCUCUGCCUGCUGGCUCCAGGUACUGGGGAUAGAGUUUACUGCCCUUUGCCCAUCCACAAGCUUCCUGGGCGACCUUUGGCUAGAACUGCUGUGCUUGCCUUGGCUUGGCCUGUCUCCUUUUUGAGAAAACUAGGGUUCUGAAAGACUCAGACCAUUUCUGUCAUCUUGCCUCGUGCGAAGUGAAUUUUGUCAGGUGUGUGCCCUCUUCAGAGACCUUGGCCCAUCGUGUGCCUGGCCCAUGGGAGGGAGGCAGGCGCUCGUCGCCCCAGCUCUCCUGGGACAGCUCUCCCAAGCCCGCCCCAUACUCCAUAAUGGCCAGAGUCUAGGAGGGGCAGAAAAGGUCCUGUUAGUUUCUCCCUCGCCCAGUUAGGCCCAGAGAUCCCAGUUAGAACCCUGAAAGCAAAUUCAAGAGAAAGGGUUACUUCUUAGGUCAAAUAUGCCUCAUCUCUGCCGGCCAUUUCAUCUUCCCAGGAAUGUUAGGGGACUAAGAGUGGCUUAUACAGGCAUCAGAGUCAGGCCCUGGCUGCGAGGUUGCCUGAGAAGGACAGAGGAGCUCCCUUUUCUCCUGUAGAAACCAAGGUGCUACGUCUAGUCAGGGAGCUUUGGAAAUGCCUGGACUAGUUGGAGAGGAAUAGUUGGCAGAGGCUCAGAGCCCAGCAGCAGGCUGUGCGUCCGUUCUUAAGCUCUCCCAUUUGACUUGUCUGGGCCCAGAGACUGGGAGUUGCCACAUAAGACCUAUCUUUUCUUGAAAGAAGUUAGGAAACGAUCAUCACUAGAGGCCUUGGUUCGGAAAGGAGCUGUGUGCGAAUUCUCGGGGUGUUGGGGGCGAUGGGGGGCAGAGCGAGGCACUGACUGGUAUCUUGCCUGCUGCUGUGAGUACGCACACUCCGGCCUCACCCGGGGUUGGGAUAGGGAUUCUUCCUAAAGUGCAGGCACGAGCUAUUUUGUGUGUGAGUCAGCUGGUGUGGAGCACAAAAUGCAACUCUGCCCCCAAACCCACGUUCUGGACUCAAAUUCCAAAACUUAACUUACUGCCAAGAAAAGGCCCUGGUCACUCCGCCUCCUUUUCCUCUACUGUCCUGCCGAGAGAAGACCCUCUGUGCCCUAGACCUGUGGGUGCUUGUGACCACCCGAGACACAUGUUCGUGACUCCUCACCUGGGCUGUCUCCACCUCCCUCUUCUCCUUUCCCUCUGCUGCUCUUUCACCAUGCCCAGGCUUAGCUGCUCACAGGCACAUCUCAGACCAGCUGGCUUCGCAGUCACUUCAGAGCCCAGGGAGUGGCUGGUCUGGGACGAGGCGUUGGCUGCCCCUGGGCCCUUGAUCAGGAGGCCAGUGGCGCAGGCACUGCACCCUGGAGCCGGUGAGGUCAUGUUGCUGUCAUCUUCCUGCCUCACAUUCUUCUUGCCAAUGGCCCCCGCAGGUCCUUUUUCUUUGCUGGAGCCUGUUGGGUCUUGUCUCGCCUCUGCUGAGCUCAUCCGGAGUUCUGCUCUCUCCGUUCCUUAUCAGGCCCUUUGGGGCAAGCGGGCUCGGGGGGCCUUCUCUGCGCAGGGCAGCAUCCGAGUGCCCAGUUUCCCUGCAGGGCCUGCCUGUCCUGGCUUCUUCCUGGCUCAGGCUCAGUAGUGCAGGUGGGCACAACGGCCGCCCCCACGCCUCUGCUCAUAAGUGAGGGUGACUGUUUCCCGCUAGGUCUGCAUGGACGGUUGCCCCUCCAGCCAUCUCUGAUACUUCCUCUGGGGGCCAGCAGAGCCUCUCUGGGCUCUUACUCCCAAGUCACACCACGCACACUAAGAGGUUUCCUCCCUUCACUCCCUUUCAGGGUGUGGUCUUAUUUAUCCAAAGGGCUUAAUUUAGGAGACUUUUACCCCAGGGGUAAAAGGCUCUCCUGGGUAGUGGGAUGGAUGGUGGCCCAGGUACGCUCCAGGCCCUGGGUUCUCCAGAUUCCAUGGCUUCUGUUGGAUAGGGGCAACUCUGCUCUGUAAAUGACUGUGGGCCUCACCCCCACCCCUCAGCUGGGCACCUUGACAGGAAACAGGAGACCCAUUCUCACCCUGACUUAUAGCCGUCCUCGGUGUCCGCUCCUCUCCAAGGGAGGGGGCGGCCCCCGGGAAGAUUUCCCUGGCCCUCCGGCAUUAGUGAAGGGGAGGACGCUGGGGGUCGUCCCCCCCAGAGAGCCAGGGUGGAACUUUUAAAAAGAGCCCUCGUAGAGGAAGGGCAGGGCUCACAGAUUCCACUUUGCUCCCCCCUCCCACGAGGCCCUUCCUCCCUGAGGACUCCCCCAUCCCCCACAGCAGCCUUUGGCCCCUGCACCUCUGUCUUUGGGUCCUCAGCCCAGGGUAAGCUGCAGUCAGGCAGGACAGGACGGGCAGCCAGAGGUCAGCACACUCCGAGCAGAAAAGAGCCAGCCAGCCCCCAAUCCUGUCUCUUGUCCACGCCCUUUGUGAUUUCAGUCUUGGUAGAACUUGUAUUUGGAGUUUUGUGCUUCAAAGUUUUUGUUUUUGUUUGUUUCAUUUUUGUUUUGAGGGGGUGGGGGGGAUCCAGAGCAGCUGAUCAAUUUGUAUUUAUUUAUUUUAACAUUUUACUAAAUAAAGCCAAAUAAAGUCU